CUGCUACAUAAGCAAUGUCACUUAAAAUGUCCCUGAAUGGUAUUGUAGUCCAGGUAUCUGGACACGUAUCAGAUCCUCUUAGAGGGAACAGAUUCACACCCAUACUGGUUGCCCUUCACUUGGCAAGGCGACUGUAACUCUGUUUGAUUGAUGUGAUGGAUGUGUGUUUUUUCCUGAUAUGAAUGUAUGUGUCCAUGUUCCAGGGUGAAAACGAGCAGUCUAUUGAUCUGCUGAAGCGAGCUCUGGAGAGGUCCAAAAAGUCAGCCUUCAUCCACCACCAGCUGGCUAUGUGCUACAAGAAAAAGAAGACAGAUGAACAGACCAAGAAGCCUUUCAACAAACAAAAUAAAGAGGCAAAGCAGUGGAGGUAUAUGUGCAUGAAGCACCUAGACGAAGCUGUCAAGAUAAAGUCUGGUUUUGUCCUCGCAAUUGCUGAUCUGGCACUGCUCUACGGAGAGGAAAAGAAUCUGAGCAAGGCAGAGGAGUUGUUCAAACAGGGCUCGCAGAAGUUAUUAGAGACGGAAAAAGACAUAUGCCAGGUUUUCCAUCUGCGUUACGCUGAGUUUCACCACUAUCACACCAAACAGGAGGCUGAAGCCAUCGCUCACUACACCGAGGGUCUAAAACUGACACCCAAGAAAUGGGAGUGGAAACAGUGCGCUAAGAAGCUGAAGCAGAUCGCAGAGAGGCGUCGGUCAUUAAACGAGAACGAUGAUGAGGCGUACGGCCUGUUGGCUCUGGUGGCCAAAGCUGAAGGCGACAAGAAGACAGCGGCGGAGUUUUACGAGAAAGCUCUGAACUGCGUUGAAAAAGACGAGUACCUGUCUGCUCUCAUGGAGCUACGCAUGGAGCUGCUGGGAUGAAGAAGAACGUUUCUUCUGUUUUUAUUCAUCAGGACGUCGAAUGGAAACUUUUAUUGUCUGAAAUUUUUUAUUUGGUGCUUUUACAAAUUCAGGUUUCCUGGAGACUCGUCAGAGUGCACUCACACUGAAUAUACUAAACAUUUACAUGGAGACAAUAACCUUGAACAGAACCUGUAUAUGCUGUUAAAAUGUUGAAAUAAAAUA